ACUAGGUUACAUCUGUCAUCUAUCCUCUUUGGUCACAUAACCAUAAAAAUUAAGGAAAUUUGUUUUUCUAACGACAAUUUAAAAAGUUCAUUAAUACUAUAGUUAAAAAUCAUUAUUAUUCGCCAAAAUGAUGCAGUACGAGCACGAAAACGAAAAACUCAAGGACCAAACCCCUUGUGCCGGGGCCAGGGCUGAUUUGAAAAUGUGCCUGUUGCAAAGCGAAUGUUGUAGAGUGCACAAAAAAACACCUAGGGAAUGUUUAAAGACUAGCGAUGGAACUGUACCUGAUGAAUGCUACGCUUUGAGGAACACGUUUUUUGAAUGUAAACGAUCAUUGUUAGAUGCCAGACAACGGUUUAGAGGUAGGAAAGGCUAUUGAUUUAUGUUUUGUAGUUAUAUCAUGUAUAUUCAUUUGUAGUUUGGUUAAAUUAUUAUGUAUAGUUCGCGAUUAUGUAUAUAAAAUUAGGGAUAAAAUUAAAAAAAAACUUUUAUGAAACCAAUUUUAGUAAAAAAUACUUUUAUUUUUCAACAAUAUCAUCAAUUAAUUUUGCAUAUACAUAAAAUUUAUUGCUAUAAGAUUAAAGAGGAGUCAUAUAAAGCUUGUUUAUAUAUCUAUUUUCACAGUGCACGAUAAAAAUAAAAUAUUUAUAUUUACAUUCUAAAA